AUGGCACGUGCAAUCAACACCGCAAACCAAGCCAGCAUCCUGGUUGCUCUAAGAGAGAGAAAAUUGGUGACCGGAGAAAAACGUUCGUGCUUCAUCAAAGACAACCGCAUUUUUGGUUUCAAACCCAAUCACAUGUUCGAUGAUCAAUCAUCAAACGACGAUGUCUUCAGCAUCGUUGCGAAGCCAAUCGUUGAUGAUGCUCUUAACGGCAUCAAUGGCUCUAUCUUGGCGUACGGCCAAACGGGCUCUGGUAAAACUUAUACAAUGUUUGGAACUUCGUCCGACCCCGGCGUCGUGUUGCUCGCCACCGAACAUAUUUUCAAGGUUGUGAACGAUCGUCGCAAAUCAUAUCAAUUUGUGAUAAGCAUGAAAUACAUCGAAGUGUAUGGUGAUACGUUGCGCGAUCUUCUGGAUGGUGGUAAGGCCACAUCGUUCCAUUUGGGACAGAUUGCCAGCACGGAAAAAACGGUCAGCGAUGCUAGUGCCCUCCUCAAAUUGAAGAAAGACGGCGAUGUACAGCGCACGAUAAAAGCCACGAAUCGCAAUGACCAUUCAAGCAGAUCUCAUGCGAUCUUGCAAAUCAAAUUGGAAUCGACGAAGAUUGAUGCGAAUGGGUUGGAGGGAGGGAAGGCACUUGUAAGUAUGCUGAACUUCGUCGAUUUGGCCGGCUCCGAACCGCAUGAUGCUGGCAAAACCAAAGAUCAGCAAGCAGAGGGGAACAGCAUACGGGCGGCCUUGUGCUACCUGUCAGCGAUGGUAAAGAGCGGUGCAGUGACUGGCAACCUCUGCAAAAUUCUCAAGGAGUCAAUUCUUGGGAAUUGUAAGACCGCCUUCAUCUGCACUGUUUCGCCUAGCAUGAUAGCGGAAACGAGGAGCACGAUCACGUGA